AUGCUGCUGCUGUCAGUAGGCACACUGACUCCGCUGCAGUACGGGCUCACUGUGAACCUGAUCACAAAACAGGUCAACCCCGAUGUUGUGUACGAAGGAGGCCGACAUUUCAUCGGCCCCUGGAAGAGCUUCCUUGCCUUCCCUUCCACCCGGGUGACGGUGUCCUUCGACAACAAACAGGGCUCCUAUGGGCCUCUGCAGACGCGGACGAAGGACGGCCUUGCCCUCACGCUGCAGUUGGCCUUCCAGUACAGGAUCAACAAGGAUAAAUUGAGAAAGCUCUUUGCACUUGCCAAUCAGCAGUACGAGCCUCUCUUUGUGCGCAAUGCCCGUGACGUGUUGCUCAAGGCAGCGGCAGACUACGAGGCAUACCAGUACUGGCUGGAAAGAGAGAAGAUUGGACAAGAGAUGAAGGAGACAUUAGAUUUACGACUAGCGCAGGUCUACGCAAACUGCGGCGGGCUGCAGAUCAUGGUGAUUGACUUGCCGCCGGAGUUUGAGACUUCCAUUGUGCAAACGCAGGUCAUGGAGCAAAUGCAGCAGACCAAGCAGAACGAGCAGCAAGCGAGCAGGAUCGAGGCUGACACGGACGUCCUGAACUCGACGUAUACCAGGAACGUUACCAUCACGCGCAAUGGCGCCGACGCGCUUUUUACUCAGGCGCUGGGCAUUGCAAAGGCCAAGGCUCAGCAGAAGCUGCUGGCGGUGGAGGCCAGCACCAUGAAGAAGGUGCAGAAUCAGUUGAAGCUGACGCCUGAGCAGAUGGUUGCCUAUCAGCAGUUCAUGUCCUACCACUCCAUGAUGAAUGCGUCCUUUGUGUUUGGUCUCGGAAAUGCUUUGGUCACGCUGCCCAACAACGUUUAG